AUGGUUGCUGAUACGCGGAGCUACGCUAGCGCAGCGGCACAGAAUGUCCCUGAAAAUGAGGCACCUUGGCUGGAUAGGUCAUGCGAUAUUAGGUUUAAAUUCCAAAGGCAGAUAAAAAGAGAGGAAAUGUGGAAAUUUUUGGAGGAAAUUGGAGCAAAUUUUGAUAAAAUAGAUGGUGUGGUGCAAUACCCUAAUGGCGUAACUGAAAUUAGCUUUAGUAAUAGACUAGUAGCAUUACAAAUGGAUCGAAAGAUAUGGCAAAUGGAACAAGAAGGAAAACAUCUCCCAGCGCACAAAUUAAUGAUACCGGACAAAAUUCCAUUAUACAUCAAUUGGACACCCAUCAGGAUGACGGAUAACAUAAUUUUGGAUUAUAUUGAGAAAAACCAUGGAAAACCGGAAUCGAUUGCACACCUGAAAGACAGGAGAGGAAUUAGAAAUGGCGCCAGGCGAAUUAUAAUGAAGAGAGAGGAUUUGGCAAACAAACCGAUAAAAAGCUACAUAUUUAUUCGAGGAUGCAAACUUUUUGUUAAAUACCCGGGCCAAAUUGGGACGUGCAGUUACUGCAACGAAGCGGGACACAUGAGAUUCGAGUGCCCCGCAAAACAAGAAAAAUCAAACAAAAAGACAAUGAACAAGGCGGAUAUAGGCAGUAGGACCGAGGACCAAACGAAUGAGCUUAACGAACCAAAUCGGGAAGUCCCGAUUUUGGAAGAAGACCAAGCGCAACAUUCUAGCUGGGCCGAGAGUGUUGAAAAAGAGGAGAAGGAGAAUGAGAGCAAUAUUACCUCGGAUGACAGCGUUAACAUAACAGAAAUACAAAAUCUGGAAAAUAAGCCAAGCAGAACGGGGAACGCCCAAGACAAUCAAGAAGUAAUUGCGCGUGACCAUAUAAGGAAUGAAAAUCCAUCGGAAAGACCAACCCAAAGCGCACCCAAGCACGACCGUCAAAACAAAGAUGGCGAUCGACGCACAAUAGGGAGCGCCGAGGACAGCGAGUCAGAGGAUAUAGAGGAAGACAGCUUACACACAUUGGAAGAAAUGGGAAAUAACAAAAGGAAAUACGACACAUCUGGCAGUAGCGUCUACCUACAGGAAACACACUCAAGCGCCAAAGAAGAAAACAAAUGGACUCAGGAAUGGGGAGAAAAAGGAGCAUUUUGGAACUCGAACAAUACAAAAUCAUCAGGAGUUGGAAUUUUAUUCAAGAAAACGAUAAGUCCUAUUUUUAUAGAUCAAAAAUUUGAUAAUAAGGGCCGAAUUUUAGUGCUAAAUAUUGUUAUCCAAAAAAUAAAAAUUAAGCUAGUUAAUAUUUAUGCAUAUGCCCAAACACACGGGACUAAUUUGGAUAAAAGGAUGAAAUUUUUCAGUGACGUCAGCGAACAUUUAUGUACAACAACUAAAGUGGUAUUGGGAGGCGACUUUAAUGUAGUAGUAGAUCCGAUGAAUGACAAACAGCCAUCCGACAAUCACUAUUCUCAAGCGGCCUUACAAAAGCACCUUAAAAAACUAUUAAACAACUUCCAUUUAAUUGAUGCGUUUCGGCACUAUGCCCGGAACAAAAGGGAAUUUAAAUAUCACCACCAAAAUGGAAACUCAAGACUUGACAGAAUUUAUACAAAUGAUAGCAAAAUAAUCCAUUCUUUAUAUCACAUUUCGAUUCCAGGAACAGAUCACGACACAGCCGUAAUCCAAAUUCAGAUAAACCUACAGGAACAAAGAGGACCGGGACUCUGGAGAAAUAACGCAUCUCACUAUGACAGAACUCAAUUUAAGCAAAUACUGGAAGACAAAUGGAAAAAAUGGAAAACCUUGCAAGACUAUAACAACCACAACUGGAUACAGUGGUGGAAAACGACAAAAACAAGAAUAAAACAACUUCUGAUCACCUUCGGAGCCAAAGAAAGGAGAAUCAAGAAAGAAGAAACGGAAAAACUCCAAACAGAAGUCGUUACGGAAUGUCAAAUACGGAACCAAGGUGCACUGAUAUCAUUGGAUUUCCUGAAAGCGUUUGAUUCCAUCGACCACAGCUUUAUGUUUGCGGUGCUAAAGGAAUAUGUAACGGACCCACUCCUACGAACCAUCAACAGAGAAUCAAACAUAUCUGGAAUAAAGAUCCAAGGCAUCAAGCAAGAAAUAAAGACCCCAGCCUACGCGGACGACAUCACAAUAACAGCGAAAAACGAAAUUUCAGCAAAAGUAGCACUUGAAACAGUAAAUUUCUUUGGCAAGGCAUCCGUUUCUACGGAAGCACCACGGUGAUUCGGACCAAGACAACAUCAUAUUCCCAAGAAUCGACCAACAAUUGAGCCUACAGAUGAAAGACCUUAUGGGAACACCGAUAAAUAACAGCCGACCACACACAACAAAACCUCUCAAACACUGGAAAAACGCGAUGGAUAUUAUAAAGGAAUAUAAUUUCGACCAAACCAAAAUCAGAACAAAUACGCUACAAGAACUUUACAAAAAAGUGAUUGGAGCACGAAAACCCCGACAAGCAAAGAUACUACUAUCAAGAGAUUGGGGGAAUUUAACACGAAACAUCCUACACCCACGCGACCAAAUAUUUAAUUGGAGGUGCGCCCACCAGAUUCUUCCAACAAAAUCAAAACAUCGAGUAAAUAAUGCAGCACGAGACGAUGCUUGUCCGUAGUGCCUCAACAAGCCUGAGACCGAGGUACACCUAUUUGCUGAAUGCGAUAUUACAAAUAAAUUAAUGGCAACAGCAAUUUGGACAUAAUCACACAAAAGCCCAAAUAAAACACUACCUGCUACAAAAGAUAUAACAAUAAAUUAUAGAUUUGGACAAAGUAUAGAAAAGGACGAAGCGAACAUAUUAAUCUUUUCAUUGACAACAAUGAAACAAGCUAUA